AUGACCAGCAUCGAUGAGCUCUUCAAGAAACCCUUGUCGGCAGCGAGCGCAAAGCGCAAGUUAGAUGCCAAUAGUGACCCCAAUGAGCUUUACAAGGCGGCCAAGCUAGACGGAAGCGGUGAUGUGAAAUCCGGAAAAUCUCCCAUGGUAGAGGAUGAGGAAGACGACGGCGAGGCUGGCCCCGAGCUGCCUCCGGACUUCGAUGCCGAAGAUGUCCCCGACGACGAAGAAGGGCGCUUUUUUGGCGGAGGAAUGGAACGCCAGACCGCACAAGCGAUGCAAUAUAUCGAUCAGCACGAGGAAGGGGAGGCAGAGCCGGAGAAAUUCGAUGUCGCUUGGUUGCGGCGAUUUGCCCUCAGUUUCGAGAAGAAGAUCUCGAAGAACGCGGAGCUUCGUGGGAAAUUCGAAAAUGAGCCCCAGAAGUUCAUGGCCUCCGAGGCCGAUUUGGACAAUGAAAUCAAAGAGCUGUCUAUACUGUCCGAGCAUCCGGAACUCUACAGCGAGUUUGCUACCAUGGGCUGUGUCGGAUCACUGAUUUCUCUCCUGUCGCACGAAAACGCAGAUAUCGCCAUUGAUGCUAUUCAAAUCAUCAGUGAGUUGACAGACGAAGAUGUCGAAGCGGAACAAGAGCAAUGGGACGUUCUGGUCAACGCAAUGUUGGACGCCGAUCUCAUCGAACUUCUUUCCCAAAACCUAUCACGACUAGACGAAGGCUCGGAGGCCGAUAGGGCAGGAGUGUAUUAUGUACUAGGCGUCUUGGAAAACCUUGCAUCGCAAACCUCAAUCGCGGAGCGAAUUGGACAAGAGUCGGGGAUGCUCCAGUGGCUCCUCACCCGUGUGCAACAGAAAGAAAGGCCCGUAAGCCAGAAUCAGCAAUAUUCGGCCGAGAUCCUUGCGAUCCUACUACAAUCCUCUUCCAAAAACAGGGAAAAGUUCAUCGGUCUAGACGGAGUGGAUGCUCUUCUCCAGUUACUCAGUCAAUACCGGAAACGGGAUCCCGAAAAGGAUUCCGAUGAAGAAGAGUACGCAGAGAACUUGUUUGAUUGCCUGAUAUGCCUCGUAGAUGAGGACGCUGGGAAAGAGAAGUUCCUCGAAGGAGAGGGUGUCGAGCUCUCGCAAAUCAUGCUGAAAGAAGGAAAGUUCAGCAAGCAGCGUGGCCUACUGGUUCUCGAUCAUGCUUUAGGUGGACUGGGGGGAGCCCCUGCUUGCGAGCGAUUAGUAGAGGCAGCGGGUCUGAAGACUGUGUUCAGCAUGUUUAUGAAAAAGGUAGGCGAGACGUUUCUUCACUGUAUCAUGGUUGGAGCUAAUGACAAGCAGCAAGAGCAUCAAAUCAUUGAGCACCUCUUGGGUAUUUUCGCAUCUCUUCUGCGUCUGUUGCCAGGAGGCUCUGCCCCACGUAUCCGAACUCUCGCGAAAUUCAUGGAGAAGGACUACGAGAAGAUCGAGAAGCUGAUCAAAAUGAGACGGGAAUAUGCGUCGAGAGUAACGCCGGUUGAAGAGGCCAUUGCUAAGGAACGGAAGAGCUAUACUGAGGAGGAACAAGAGAUUAUGGCAGCCGAGUGGCUCUCGCGUCGUUUUGAUGCUGGUCUGUUCUCCGUACAGCUCAUUGACGUUAUUCUGGCAUGGCUGGUGGCCGAGGACGACGGCGCGAAGAGAAAGAUCGUCUCUCUCCUGGCAGACCGCGACGAGACUCUAUCUCUCAUUCACUCCACCCUCAAAGAGCAAAUUGAAGGACUAGUGGAAGAUGACCCUGGGCAGAAGGAUCAGAAGGAAAUGCUUGAGACGCUCUUGCAAUUCCUGUAA